CGUCGGCUUCGCUACGAACGCACGUUGGCAAAGAUCCCUGUUUUCGCCGACCUCGGCUCCUACGAGCGUGCCAUGGUAGUUAAACAAGCCAAACGGUUCAGUUUUAAGCCCGGUGAGAAAAUCAUACGCCAAGGUGAAGUUGCGGACAAGUUUUACGUCAUCCUUAAGGGUUCAGCCGUUUCCACUAAAUCCGACGGCGACGUCGACCACGUCGCCCCGGGAUCAAAAAUCCCUCCCGACCGCAUCAUGCGCAACUUUAGCCAGGGUCAAUACUUUGGCGAGCUCGCGCUGCUUACUGGCCAGCCUCGCUUAGCAACCAUCGUGGCGAACGACUCCUUGGAAGUUCUCGCCAUCGAUCGCGAC